AAAAGAAUUCAUCGAAUCAUAUGCAAACGAUGAGAUUUUUGUUUAUAUUUUCUGAGUCGAUGAGUCAGCUGUCAAAAUAAAUGUUUUUUAUUGCCCCAAAAAGACAUGUUUUGCACGAUUUUGUUAACUUUAAGAGUUUUUUACGUGGCGGAAAAUGACUUAAGUAGUGCAUAGAACUUCCAUGUACCAUGAGAUACCAAUUGAAUAUGACUAAACCAAAAUACAUCGUAAUUGCCGUUAUUUUACUUAGCACAACAAUAAUUAGUGUUUUUUACAAUUACUCCCUUUCCUCGAAACUUGAAGAGAUAAGGAGGAACAUAGCAUCUCAAUCCAGAAGUAAUGAUGUUAAUGAGAGGACGAGUCAGCUGAGCGGGAGACGUCCGGAAGAUACUUAUAGCUUCAAUGAGAACUUAAUUGUGAUCUACAACCGAGUCCCAAAGACUGGAUCCACAUCCUUUGUCAAUCUGGCUUAUGAUCUUUGCAAGAAGAAUCACUUCCAUGUCCUGCAUAUCAAUAUCUCGGGAAACAUGCAUGUUCUGUCGCUACCAAAUCAAAUAGAUUUUGUCCGGAACAUCACAGCUUGGAAUCAGAUGAAGCCGGCUCUUUAUCAUGGCCACAUGGCAUUUCUGGACUUUUCCAAAUUCGGAAUGCCUACCAAACCUUUGUACAUUAACUUAAUCCGGAAGCCUCUGGACAGGCUUGUGUCAUAUUACUAUUUCCUGCGUUUCGGAGACAAUUACCGACCCAAUUUGGUGCGUCGGAAAGCCGGAGAUAAGAUGACAUUCGAUGAGUGUGUAGAUCAGCAGCAGGCAGAUUGCGAUCCCAAGCUCAUGUGGCUGCAGAUUCCCUUCUUCUGUGGCCAUGCAGCUGAGUGCUGGGAGCCUGGGAGUUCUUGGGCUCUGGCUCAGGCUAAACGCAAUCUAGUGUAUGAAUAUGCACUUGUUGGGCUGACUGAAGAGAUGGAGGAUUUCAUUUCACUGCUGGAAGCUGCUCUGCCGCGCCUGUUUACAGGAUUCCUCAAUCACUACACCAAUUCGAAUAGAAGUCAUCUGAGGAUAACCACGUCCAAAAUUGAACCCAAUAAAGAUACAGUGGACAAGAUUCAAGAGAGUGAAGUGUGGAAGAUGGAGAAUGAACUGUAUGAGUUUGCAGCUCAACAGUUCUAUUACAUGAAGAAGAAAAUGACUCUUCCCGGAAAAAAUAUCCUCCAGAGUUAUAUGUAUGAGAAAAUAAGACCCAAAUAAAAAAAAAGAAUUUAGAUAAGCAUUGUA